AUGCCCUCCCCCACCUUCUCGCCGCACAAGAGCAAAGCACUGGCCAUGCACAGCGCGCCAGACCACGAUCACGGCUCCACUUCACGUCGCAGCCCGCCAGGCCCCCUCCGCGCCAGGACUUGGAGCAGGCUUAUCUCUUCUUGGCUCCGCGUCACAAAAGUUUCGAGCAAGCCUCAAAUCGCGGGACUUGCUUGGCAUCUUGCCCAAAGAGGUGCCAGGGCUGCCAUGCUAUGCUUGCGUGCUCUUGGCAUGGCUUCACAGAAGUUUCAACUUCACUCAAAACAGUGGGCCACUCUUGGCUGUUCACGAUACUCGGCAUGCAAUAUCAAAGCCCUUAUUUUCGUCUACCCACCCACAACAAUCAAGAUGCUUCCUCAAUCCGUACUUCUUGCGCUCGUCGCCACCGUCGCCGCUGUCCCGCUUAACAUCAACUUGGGCGCAUACUCCCCUGCCCUGGUAGUCGGUGAUGGUGAAAUUGCGAUCGGAGAAGCGAAAUCAGCAUCCGAGCUGAUGGCCACGUUGGCCUCGGGCUCGAACGAGGCUGCCGCCGGCGCAGCUGCCGGUAGAGGGUGGCGCGGGCACGACAAGGUUCAGCAAGAACAAGGACAGCCUGGGCCGAAGCCGCUGCCGAACAAACUCAAGAACAACCCGCUUGAGGCAGAAGCAGCCAAACGUGCACCCAAUCUCCUCCGCCGAGCCAUCAGCGACUUCAUCAGCAAGCGUGCUCCCGCCCCUGUUCAGGAUGAUAAGAUCGCUGCUAUCGAGGCCGCCACUGCAUGGAUCAAGCGUGAUCUUCAGGGUUUCCAGGCUUCCCUGGCCUACGCCCGUGAGGCCAUGAAGGAUUCUCCCAAGGUCGAGCUUGGUUCGCCCAACGCUGGCAUCGGUAUCGUCGUCAACCCCGGUGUCAACGUCCCUGCUGGCUCUGCUGCUGCUGGCACCCCUUCAGCCGAGCACAAGGUCAAGCGUGACGAGGUCUCGGAUGAGGUCUCUGACGAGGCCGAGACCCCAAAGAUGACCCUUGUCGCCAUCACCGAGGUCUAA